GAUACGCUGUAGGCGAACAUGUUGGUAAUUUUCCCACGUGUAGACGUCUAUAAAAACCGACUUAGACACAAGUUAUAGCAGGCUUCACCAUGGGCAUGGGCAAGGCGUUGUGUCUGUUCGUUUGUUUGGGAGCUGUGUUCUCCCAGCCACCCACCAAACCUAACAUUGUGGUGGUUAUGUUGGACGAUGUCGGUUAUAAUGACGUUGGCUGGAACAACCCACACAUCAAGACGCCAAAUUUGGACAAAAUGGCACGUGAAGGAGUCACCCUCAACAACUCUUACUCUCAACCCGUGUGCUCUCCAUCCAGGGCGGCCCUUCUCACAGGCCGUUACCCACAUAACGUGAACAUGGACGGUGCUGCUACAUUCGGUCCCACCAUACCGGACGGCUUGGAUUUGAAGUACUGGAUUUUACCACAGAAAUUAAAAGAACUAGGCUACACUACACACGCCAUUGGAAAAUGGCACUUGGGAUUUUGCGAUUGGAAGUACACUCCAACAGAACGCGGAUUUGACACCUUCUUCGGCUUUUACUUGGGCGCAAAUGAUUACUUCACCCAUCGCACCACAAUUGGCAAAGAUGGCUUUGAUGGUCUCGAUCUGCGGUUCAACAAGACCCUCGUGACAGACAAAGAUGGUGUAUACGAUACAAACAUGUGGUCCGACCGAGCUGUGGAAAUCAUCAAGAAUCACGACAAAAACGCACCGUUUUUUGUCUACGUGGCUUAUAACGGGAUUCACGGUCCGCUCAGGGCUCCUCAAGACGCCAUCGCCAAAUAUCCUAAGAUCUCUAACGGCAACCGAAGGACAGUUGGAGCAAUGAUGUCCGUUAUCGACGAAGGAGUGGCUAACAUCACUAAGGCCCUUACUGACAGUGGCAUUAUGGAUAAUACCUUCUUUCUCUUCCUGUCCGACAACGGCGGUCAGUAUGGCUCUGGUAACAAUUACCCGCUACGUGGCGCCAAGAGCACAUUCUUCGAGGGGGGUAUGAGAACCCCUGCCUUUGUUUCCGGUGGACUUCUGAAGAAAAAAGGCUACACACACAAUGGAUUGUUCCACAUAGCUGACUGGACCCCGACUAUUCUUUCCCUUGCCGGUGGGGACGUUACUGGUGAAAACCUAGAUGGUAUCGAUAUGACGAAGACCGUUUUGGAAGGUGCCAACUCCAGCAGAGACGAAAUUAUUCACUUCCUGAGCCAGAGAAAUCUUCCAGAUUCUCCUCCAGUCAGACAGCAAGGUGUUAUUAGACAAGGCGACUGGAAACUCAUCGAGGGCCAUGUGGGUCAUGACCUUGACGACUGGUACCAAGAUCCAUUUGACCUUGAAGGUCAGGCCGGCGCCACUAGGUGGCGGCGUGGCUUAGGUGGCAAAAACAAGGACAAGCUCAACAAAACACCCAAGGUUCCUAAGGUUAGGACAACGAGAGCCCCAAAACCUGCCAAGGUAACCAAGGUGCCUGGUACAACUGUAGACAAGGUGCGACCUAGCGGAAGCAGGGAAUACGUCACAUACCUGUUUAACAUCAAAGACGAUCCCUACGAGCGCACUGAUCUUUCUGCGCAAUACCCAGAGUUAGUCCAGCGGCUACAGAACAGGCUCCGUGAACUACACAAGACUUAUCCUAAUCUGAAAAAAUACCAGGAGAGUGAGCUGUCUAACCCAGACAACUGGGGUGGUGCCUGGAGUCCCGGAUGGUGUACUGCGGAGAACAGUGUAACCGAGCCAGUGAUUGGCUAAAUGAGACUGGUCAUUCGAUUUUUGACGCGUGCGCGAGAGGGUCGAAAACAAACUGUGUUACUUUAAAGAAAAAUUGGCUUUUAACUGUCACUUUUGUCAGGAAUGCAUCAAUGGUAUUAUGUAAUGAUUAAAGAUAGAAUUGAAUUUAAAAGAAUUCUUCUUACC